GUCGACUCGAGGAAACAUGAGGAACAUGCCCACUUGGACAAGCCAGUAUGUCCCGGCGCCCAGGCUUGGCCAAAAGCAGUUAGAUUGAGACCCCCAGAAUUGCUUGCUUGGCCAAUCACGCAUCCCAAUGCCGAGGAGCGAGUACCCGACUGCAGGGGUGAAGCAGUUACAGGUCGAUAUGAGCGCCGAGUUGUCCAAGGAAAUCCAAGCAACUUGGACAAGAUUCCGAUGCCGAAGAGGCCGGAUCGAAAAGCCCAUCCCUUUUUUCCAAGAAGGAUCAAAUUCUCAUGCUCCCUUUAUAACGAUAAACUUCUGGCCACCGCGGCUGGCACCUGAAAGCCCUGUGUCUGUUCCUGUUCCUGUUCCUGUUCUCGGUUGCGCCUUCGUUGUCCGUCGUCCGCCACGAACCCCACGAUAACAGUAACGUCAUCGCCCGCAUUCAUCUGAUCUUUUCGACACCGGUGAUCCGUGCAUUCGUGCCAAAGUUGCGCAAGCUCGUCCACAGUGAAGCGGUCUUCCAGGGAGCUGCUUGUCCUGCCGAAACCGAGUCCUCGCCAUGGCUUUUGCUACCCAGGCGGAGAGCAUUGGCUCCUCGUCUCUGUUGCGUUAUGUCCCUCGAAUCUCUCCUUCGAUCGCCAGGAUCACAGUAGCCGCCGCACUUCUCCCAAUGGCGCUAUCGCAUGGAAAUCACGGCGGGGACAACAUCCCGGAAGGGUCAACCAUAUCGCUGGAUCCAAUCGACACAACACUAUGGAUACACAUAAUUUUGCAGACGUUUACCUUUGGGAUACUGUUUCCCUUGGGGAUGGUGCUUGGGCGAAGAGCAGGGGCUGACAAUGGCGCGCACACCCAGAUCGUCAAAAGCCGUUGGCACGUCCCACUACAAGUUGGCAGCACCGUACUGGCAUUGCUAGGCUACGCCCUCGGCCAUCUCCACAAGGGCCGCGAAUUCAACCCGGAAAACGCCCACGCAAAGGCCGCGACACCGUUGUUCUUUCUUCUGGUUGCUCAGAUUGUCUUGGGCGUCUAUUUGAAGCUACAUCUCGAGCGGGGCAUCCACGGCCGUAUCCGUCCCUUCAUUCGCAUUCUUCACAGCGUCAACGGAAAAGCAUUCCCGCUGCUAUCAUGGGUUCAGAUGCUGUUUGGAGGUAUCACUCUACUGGGCUUUUGCCAGGGUGAUCACCUGGGACAAUGUGCCGCUCACUUCAUCAUGGGCAGUGCCUUCAUCGCAUACGGCGUCCUCCUUACCAUCGUGCUGCUCGUUGGUCAGGUUUGGCUCCGUCGGACUGGCCGCAGCCAAGAGUUCUUCGACAGCGCCGUUAUUGCUGCAUGGGGUUGUGUUAACACCUUCACUGAGCACAGAUGGGGAACCGAAUGGGUCAGGAAUGACUGGCAGCAUACGACUAUGGGCAUCAUUUGGUGGAGCGCCGGCCUUGCUGGAGUUUGGCUGAGCAAGGGCCGAGACGGCACCCCCAAGCGCAACUUCGUCCCUGGCUUUGUCAUCUUCAUUACAGGAUGGGCCAUGUCGGCGCAUCCUCAGGAGCUGAUGACGAGUGCGAUGACACACGCGGCAUUUGGGUAUACAUUGAUGGCCGUUGGUGUCACUCGCAUCAUCGAGAUCUCUUUUGUGCUCAGGGACAAGGCAGGCGUAUCAGAGGACGGGACACAGAUCAACAGCUUCCAAUAUGUUCCUGUUUUUCUUCUCUACGCCUCAGGCUUCCUGUUUAUGGGCGCUACCGAAGAACAAAUGGCAUUCAUUGCCGGUUCCGGAAUGGACGCCGUGGCGUACAUUUUGAUCAUGUACAGCUUGGCCUUCCUGGUGUUUUUGGUCGUCAUGAUGUUCAUCAACGUCUACGACCGUGCCGCCAACCCCCCGUCCAAGAUUACCCUCAACGGCCACGCUCGCAGUGGUGACGAGGCUCAGGUGCAGGAUGCCAGCGAGUUUGAGCUUGAUGGUCUCAUGACAGACGACGAAGAUGACGACAAAGCAGCAAGCAGGAAGCUACUAAAGAACGAAGGCAGCCAACAGAAUGGGUUCGCAAGCCCAAGUGCCAUUGCGCGCAACGAUGAGCGGUUGGCAUAA